AUGAGAUCCCCUAGAAUCUUGGAGGUUUGGAAGCUAGGCACUGUCAACUAUUUGAAGUCCCUUAAACUUCAAGAGAAAUUAGUUUCCGAGAGGAAAGAUCAUCGAAUCCCCGAUACCCUCCUCUCGCUUCAGCAUCCACCAACUUACACGCUCGGAAAACGUAGAACCGAUCACAAUCUACUGAUCCCUGAAUCUGAACUUACUAAAAUUGGAGCUGAGCUUCAUUAUACUCAAAGAGGAGGAGAUAUCACUUUCCAUGGACCUCACCAAGCAAUCUUAUAUCCCAUCAUUUCCUUACGCAGCAUCGGUAUUGGUGCCAGGAACUAUGUAGAGACACUGGAGCGGUCAAUGAUCGAGUUUGCUUUGAUUUAUGGCGUGAAAGCUCGAGCAGGGCACAAAUGUGAGACUGGGGUUUGGGUUGGGGACAGAAAGAUCGGUGCUAUCGGGGUUCGUAUAUCCUCUGGUGUCACUUCUCAUGGUUUGGCCUUCAACAUAGAUCCUGAUUUGAAGUACUUUGAACACAUUGUGCCUUGUGGGAUUGCUGAUAAAGAAGUUACAUCUUUGAGAAGAGAGACUGAAACUCUGCUUCCUUCAGAAGAAGUGAUUCAUGAGCAAUUGGUUUCUUGUUUGGCCAAAGCGUUUUCUUAUGAUGAUGUUGUGUGGAAGGAAGAUCCUUCACUCAUUUUGGACACCCAUGAGGAUAACGAAUAA